GUUCUCUACCUCUAGCUUUGAAACCGGUUCCUCUUUGCUGCUCUCAUACCGAGAAAGCUGAUCUGCAAAUCUGUGGCUUCCCUCGUACAGCUUGCCUCUGAACUGCGCCAAUACUUGCUAGCGUGCACAGCCGGCAACCAUGCAGUCGCUGAGGUCACGGAAGCCCUCCGAGUCGCGCCCAAAGGGUGCACAACGGCAGGGCACUGUGCGUGCACCCAAGCCCGCGCCGCGCAAUGCAGAGCGUCGCGCAACCCGUGUCGGGGAGAAGAUGAAGAAGCGGAUGUCGAUGCGUUACGCCGACAUAUCUGCCCCGACCGAUGCGUCUGUGCCUGAUAUGCCUGCCCUGCCAAUUGGCAUGCGCACGGCGACGUAUACACAGGACGAACAGAGGUUUACGGAAGAGCCGAGGGAGGACCCUAUGGUGUCGGAGCUAAGGCUGCUAGACAAGGAUGACUUUGACCCAGAUGCUUACCUCAAGUCGAAGUUGGCGAACUCUACUGAGGCGGAGUUGAGAUCACUGCAGUCCUCGUUGCAAGGCCAGAAGGACAACGUUGCGGUAGAUCUGCAGAAGAACGUCUUCAAGAACUAUGCGGAGUUCAUGCUUGUCUCGAAGGAGGUUAGCACCCUCGAGAACGAGAUGCUCGAGUUCAAGGAGGCACUAGCGGAGUGGAAGGGCAUGCCAUCCCUAUUGCACAUCGACGACUCCGCAUCAGUGGCAGAUCGAAGACGAAACGUCCGCUCCUCCAUCGCCGACCUGCGCAUCCUCUACGCGAAUCAGAUGCAAACCCUCCACAUGCAGAUCGAGGGUUCGUCUAAGUUCGUGCCCACCACGCCCGGUCGGCACGUCAUCACGGAGAUCGACAACGUCGUCUCCCUGAACCCCGCCACAUACAAGGUGGACCAUCCCGUGCGCUUCGUGCUGCUCGACGACGCAGUCCUCGUCGCGCGCAAGCGCAAGCGGAGGAACAACGGCGAGAAUGAUAAGCUUGUAGCGGAGCGCUGCUGGCCGCUCACCGAGAUGUUGGUGCUCGACACCAAAGACUCUGCCAACAUGAACAACGUGUUCAAGAUCCGGCACGGAAAGGAGACGCACGUAUAUCGGACUGAAAUCUCCGUAGACAAGAAGAAUCUGCUUUCGCAGUUCCGACAGGUCGCGGAGGAGGCCGCGGCGAAGAAGCGCAAAGAGCGUGAGGGCGAGCACCAGCGCCGCAAGAGCAUGUUCAUGGGCGGCGACCGGGCCUCCAUGGCAUAUACGGGCGAGGGCGUCCCGCCCCUCCCGGAGUGGAUGGCCGACCUCGCAACCAGAUCCGGCGAGCUGGGCGCGACCGCGAAAGAGAAGGCGGAGCGCGACGCGCGCUGGACGGGCGACUGGUCCGACGAGCUCACUGUCGCGAUCGCGCUGCGCGAGUGGGACCGUGCGGUCGUCCUCAUCGAGGAGGGCGAGGGCAAGCUCGCGAUCAUGCCCGCGCUCGCCGCGAAGCUCACGCCGCUGAAGGCGUCCCUCUCGGCCGCGCUCCUGCAAAGCCUCGCUACACCGUCGAACAGGAAGUCGACGGUGGUGAGCGUGAUCGGUCUACUGGUGCGCCUCAAGGCGGGCGCGGCCGCGCGGAGCACCUUCCUCGGCGCGCGCGCCGACGUGAUCAAGAAGUGUGUGCGGAAGAUCACGUUUGAGGGACAUAUUGGGGCGUAUAUUGCCGAUUUGGCGACGGUGGUGUUCACGGGCAUCAAGCACACGGCGGACUGGUUCCUCGCUAGCUUCAACCAGAACGAGAUGGCCAGCAGCUUCGUCGAGUGGGCGAAACAACAGAUUGAGCUCUACGCCGAGAUGUUCCGGAAACAGGUGUUCAGCUCGGAUGUCGACGCGCAAACGAUCGACGAAGCUAUCCAGAUCACGCACCUCCAAAGCAAGAAGCUCCUCGAAGAGUACGGCAUCGACUUCCGUUUCUUACUUGACAACCUACUCGUCGAGAAACCUAAAGACCCCUCCCGCCCGCCGCCCUUCCGCUCACACCCCGAGAAGACACAAACCCCAAUCCACACACCGGCAUCCACACCUGUGCGCUCGCGCUCCCCCGCCGUACCCACCUCCACGCCCUCCCGCACCCGCACGCCGGCCCCAGCGAUGCCCCCACUCCCUCCCCCGUCGUCGAUGCCCACGCUCGCGAUCCCGACGCCUGUGUCCGCGUCGCCGAGCCGCUCCCCAUCACGCAUGCGCUCGCCCGUGCCGCCGCCGCGCACGGCGAGCGCCGCGUCGUUCCGGAGUCAGACGCCCACGGGCGAGGGCAACCCGCUCAUGCGCCCGCCCCGUGGGAGCCCGGCGCCGCCGCCACGGUCGAGGGACCGCCCGGGGAGCGCGACAGGGCGUCCGCCGCCGGUCGAGCUGCCAAGGCGGCAGGGUAUGUUCUGA